GCCAUGUGUGGAGGUCGGGUAUUCGUGGAGGUCGGUUCGUUGUUCGUUGUUCGCGAUGGUUGAUCGUGCACGACAUUUUUGAUGAUGACGGAGUUGUCGUGGUGGUACUGACAUGUGCAUUCUUGUCUGCUAAGAUAUUUGGAGAAAGUGUAAAAUAAUGGCGUUGUUUGGAGGACAGCGGCGCGACUCGGCAAAGGACGAGUUUGCCAAGGAACGGGCCAUCAUGAAUGACCUAGACGAGCGUGGCUGGAGCCACAUCCACAAUGCCGCCUUCCAUGGCUACAUUAAGUCCAUCCAGCGCUUUGUUGCAGCCAGUGAGGACCAGUUGGAGUUCCCGACCAACGAUGACCGGCUCAUGACACCGCUGCUGCUGGCUGUGGAAAGCGGGAAGCUGGAUACAGUCCGGUGCCUGGUGGAUCUGGGCUCGGACCUCCGCUACGUCAACCAACAGAAUCUGAGCGUGGUGGAGCUGGCCAGCUUGAAGAUGUACGUGGAGAUCAUGGAGUACUUCAUCAAGCUGGACCACAAGGAUUUACCAGUCUGGUCCAAGCUGAUUAAGUUUGCUUCAUCGGAUGCAGACGAGGAGGCUGAGGCAGCUGGCCGGAUGCUGGUCAAGCUGACCGAGCCUGGACCGGAUGGACUGCUCAGCCCCAACUGGGAAGCCAUUGUAGAGAACCAGGGCAUCCAGGCAACCAUGAAGAUCAUCAAGACCUUGAUAUCAGACCAGGCCAAGUGCCACAUGUACACCAUGCUGCUCAAUAUCAUUCAGUCACAGACGGUCAAAGAGCAGAUUGUCAAACAUGGUGGCAUCCUGACCUCUCUGGAACUCUUGAAGAGCGAUUCCCGGGAGCUGAUCUUGGCCGGCGCCACGAUGCUCUGUCACCUCUCCAAAGUCCAAGAGUACGUGGACCCCUUGGUGAACAACGGAGCCAUUGCAGCUCUCAUCAAAAUCUGGCAGACCAGCAGCGAUCAGGAAAUCCUGGUCCAGGUUACUGAUACGCUCUCGGAGAUUGCUGCUGCAAGCACAAAGCAUAAAGAGACCAUCGGGGGUACGAGUGGCUGCAUGAUUGCAUUGGUUAGCUUGUUUGAUUCCUGCUUGUCCAAGGAGUCCAAGCAACCAAAGGCCCUUCUCAUGUCGCUCACAACAGCAGUACAGAAAAUUGUGCAAGAGGAGAAACAGAACCAGGACAGCUUUGUAGACGAGGGGGGUUCUUCAGCUCUGAUCAGCCUGGCCAGUGCCAAGAACCGAGAACUUCAGCUCAACGCCAUCAACGCUAUCCACUUCCUAGCCAAAGACAAUCCGCACACCCAAAAGAUCAUCUUGGAGGAAGGCGGCGUCAUCCCGCUGAUGACGCUUCUGAAGCGGAGCAGCGCCCCGAAAGUUCAGGUCUGCACGGCUGGGGCGCUGUGGGCCCUGGCCGGAGAAGACGUGGACGAGCAGAGAACUAUGGCCGGCAUGAUCGGCGUCAAUCUUCUCAUAGACUUCUUGAAUGCUCAGGCGGAGUUUGAUAUCUUGCACUACAUCGGGGCCGAGGGGUUGGCCGUGCUGGCCCAGGGUCCUCACAACAAGCAGAACACGAUCGCCCAGGCCAACGGGGUCCAGCCUCUGGUGCGUCUGCUACGGUCGCCAAAGGAGCACAUCGUGCUGAGCGCGAUCCGCGCUCUGCGCCACCUCUGCGUGGGCAUCGGUUACAAACCCCACCGAGAAAAUCAAGAGAUGGUCUUGAACUCACGGGGUAUCCGUUACUUGGUGGCACUGAUGGUUCACUCCAGGAAUGAACUCAUCCGUGUUGAGUCAGCACUCACUUUGGGAUGUUGCUCGAUUGGCAACUCGGAAGUCAUGAACGACAUAGCAGACAACGUGGACUUCAACUACGUCCACAUGCUGCGCCUCCUGUACUCCAGGGACGAGCUGGUGAGAUUGCUGGCUGGCUCGGCCCUAGCCGCCUUUGCCUUCAAUAACACCACUCAGCAGCAUGAGAUAGCCGACUCGGGCGGGGUGCGCUACCACUGCUUCGUGCCGUUCCUGGAGUCGGACAACGAGUACUACAGAUGCUGUGCUGCAUUUCAGGUGAUUGUGCUGGCCCGUAUCAUACCUGACGAGGAGCAAGCAUCAUCAUCAGCCGUGGGUAUCAAGCUCAUCGUGGACCUCUUAGAGACCUCCAAGAACGAGUUCAUCCAAUCGCUGGCCGCAGACUGCAUCGCCAGACUGGCUCACACCAGAGCAGGAGUACCGGCCGCCAUCAUUUCCAUACAUGCCAUAAACCAGCUAUGUAGGCACAUGCUGUCAGAAGAUGAGCAAGCUAGGGGGUCUGCAGCCAUCGCACUGGGCUACCUAAGCUUCAACCGUAAAGCAGAGCGGGAACUUCUGAACAAGUGUCGGCAGGACCCGUACUUGUUCAAGGUGCUGCAGUAUUACACUCCCAACUACCGGCUAGCCGAUGCCUUCUUGGAUGCGUGGAAGCACUAUAAACACAUCGGCUUGCCCCACAUCGACACAUCACAGAGACCGUGUCUGGUAUCCAAGAAGACUGUCCCGUACUUGAACAACAUCAAGAACCCUAACAUGCGUCAGUUCACGAUACUGAGCUUUGGGGAGACUGGGCUGAAUCACCCGCUAAGUUCUCCAACGAACCAAAUGAGUUCUAACUACCACGAGGACGGCACCACAGUGGUCACCGACAACCCUAUCAUCACGCGCCACACGCCCACAGGUGGCGCCGGUGCCCCGCGGUCCACUUACUCCCGGACAAGCCGUCAUCAGGUUACCAGUCAUCCGUCCACACCGGGCAGUCACAUAUCCUCGCAGAAAUCGGCCACGGUCGCUAGGGACAGUGACACGUGAGAACGAUGAUUGUGUCAUAUUUGAAGAAAAAUAUAUAUAAAAGCUAUCUUCAGGGUUUAAAUAUUGAGUGCAAGUGUUGCACCGCCACGUCGUGUGUGUCCGUCCAGUAAAUAGAUAAUGCGGUGCACAUCAGAUACUUGUAAAUGAUUUCUCACGGCGAUGUUUUAAGCAAGUAGCUGAAACAUGAAAAGAAGUGUGCCUGUUUUGCCUUUUAAGUGUCAUGUGGAAAAGAAAUAAAAC